UCCACUGCUUAACAACAGAACUGUUACAGUGUGUUGUGGAUGGUCAGGAGGCCAUCACCCCAUACUGAGUCACUGCCUCACCCCCCGUGCUGAGAGCCAGUUGUGACAUACACAGCUAGGAUUAGCUGGCCCGGUCUCCAUGACGCUCCCAGCCUCCUGAAAUAGAGAGGGAGAAGGAUACUCAAGACACAGCAACAACCAGCUGCCUCAUACAGAAACAGGAGUUGAUAAACAACUGAGCAAAGCCAGAGAAAGACACACUAAAAGAGAUAAAGCCACUGUAUCACACUGAAGAGACAGAGAGGCAGUUAGAGACCACAGUCAAAACAGAGACCAAGACAGUCACAACAGGCAUUUAGAGACUACAGACAAAACAGAGGCCAAGACAGUCACAACAGGCAGUUAGAAACUACAGUCAAAACAGGCAGUUAGAGACCACAGUCAAAACAGAGACCAAGACAGUCACAACAGGCAGGUAGAGACUACAGUCAAAACAGAAACCAAGACAGUCACAACAGGGAGCCUCACCUGCAUCGUAGUAGUGAUCAACAGAGUCAUAGAAAGAGAAUCACGAGAGACUGAGAGUGUCAGCACUGGGGAAUACAGACACACUACUCAGAACCAGAGAGCCAGGCAUGGCCCGGAUCACUGCAGAAGAGAUGCCGCGUCAGUUCCUCAAGGUCUCGCUGAGCGAGGUGGAUGAGUCAGUGCGUCUGCUGGCAGAGAAGGUGUACGCCUCGGCGCUGAAGGAGGAGGACACCAAGGAUGCCCUGUCCAUGUACACAGUGUCCGAGGACUGUCCCAUCGGCAUGAACCAGGUCCGGGAGCGAGAGAUGCUCAAGGAGAUCGCCGAGCAGUACUCUGAGGAGAGCACUAAGAGGAAGAAGAGUUUCAAAAUGAAGCGUUCCCAGUCAGUAGGUCAGCCGUUUCCCAGUUCCCUCAACAUCAGUCCAGAGUGGGCUUUGUCUGUGGUCACUCCUCUGCUCUCCCCUGGCGCCCCCUGUAUCCCAGAGAACUCCCUAGAGUUCCAGAGGGUCACCAUUAGCGGAGAUUAUUGUGCAGGGAUCACAGUGGAGGACUAUGAGCAGGCAGCCAAGACCCUGAUUAAAGCCCUGUUUAUCAGGGAGAAGUACUCCAGGCUGGCCUACCACCGCUUCCCCAGGACCACCGCCCAGUUCCUCCGCAGCGCUGAGAACCAGAAGUGGAACGUGGAGGAGGAGAUCUUGCCAGACAUGUGCCCCUGCCCUCGAGAGGGGGAGGACCCGUACACUACGGAGGGCAUCCCUGACGACCUGAACUACGCAUUACAGAUGAAGGACGGUAUCGUGUAUGUGUACAACGACGCAGAGGCCCUGAAGAAGCAGCAGCCCCGCAGCUUGCCCUACCCCGACCAGGAGACCUUCGCCAUCGACCUCAGCCAUGUCCUCGCCAUGAUCGCCGACGGGCCGACGAAAACCUACUGCCACAGACGACUGAAUUUCAUGGCCUCCAAGUUCUAUCUGCAUGAGAUGUUGAAUGAGAUGGCUGAGCUGAAGGAGCUGAAACGUGUACCUCACAGAGACUUCUAUAACGUCAGGAAGGUAGACACUCACAUCCACGCAGCAGCUUGCAUGAACCAAAAGCACCUGCUGAAGUUCAUCCAGACCACCUACAAGACCGAAGCGGACCGAGUGGUGCUGGAGAAGGGGGGCCAAAAGAUCACCUUAAAACAAGUGUUUGACACCCUGGCCAUGGACCCCUAUGACCUCACUGUGGACUCCCUGGACGUGCACGCUGGAAGGCAAACAUUCCACCGCUUUGACAAGUUCAACUCCAAGUACAACCCAGUGGGAGCCAGUGAACUCCGAGAGAUUUACCUGAAAACAGACAACUACAUCAAAGGGGAAUACUUUGCACGCAUCAUCAAGGAAGUGGCCCAUGAGCUGGAGGAGAGUAAGUACCAGCACGCAGAGCCCCGUAUGUCCAUCUACGGCCGCUCCCCUGACGAAUGGGAAAGCCUGGCUUCAUGGUUCAUCCAGCACAAGGUGCACUCCCCCAACAUGCGCUGGAUCAUCCAGGUGCCCAGGAUCUAUGACAUUUUCAAGUCGAAGAACAUAAUACAGAACUACGCCAAGCUGCUGGAAAAUAUUUUCCUCCCACUGUUCAAGGCUACAGUCAAUCCACAAAAGAACAAGGAGAUGCAUGUUUUCUUGAAAUAUGUGACUGGGUUCGACAGUGUGGAUGAUGAGUCCAAGCACAGCGACCACAUGUUCUCCUACAAGAGCCCCAAACCUGAGGAGUGGACCUCAGGCGAAAACCCGCCCUACAGUUACUACCUCUUCUACAUGUACGCCAACAUCAUGGUGCUCAACAACCUGAGGAAGGAACGAGGCCUCAAUACUUUCCAGUUCCGGCCCCACUGUGGCGAGGCCGGGUCCAUCACCCACCUGGUCUCUGCCUUCCUCACGGCCGACAACAUCUCCCACGGCCUCAAUCUGAAGAAGAGUCCUGUGCUGCAGUACCUGUAUUACCUGGCCCAGGUCCCCAUCGCCAUGUCUCCUUUGAGCAACAACAGCCUGUUCCUGGAGUACUCCAAAAACCCUCUCAAGGAGUUCCUCCAGAAGGGCCUGUGUGUGUCCCUGUCCACUGACGACCCCAUGCAGUUCCACUACACCAAGGAGGCCUUAAUGGAGGAGUAUGCCAUUGCAGCCCAGCUGUGGAAGCUCAGCACCUGUGACACAUGUGAGAUUGCCAGGAACAGUGUGCUGCAGAGUGGUCUGUCUCACCAGGAAAAGAAGCACUUCCUGGGGCCCAACUACCUGCAGGACGGGCCGGAGGGGAAUGACAUCAGACGGACCAACGUGGCUCAGAUCCGCAUGGCCUACCGCCACGAGACUCUGUGCAAUGAGCUCAGCUUCCUGGUGGAAGCCGUGAAGACCGAGGCCAGCGGCACAGAUGUAGAGUGACCACAGCUCUACCGAGCUGAGCCAGGCUUAACCAAGCUGAGCUGUACAGUGCUUGCCUGGUCAGUGGUUACACAUUCACUGCACAGUAGUUGAUGGAACCGUGCUGGAAAGGUCAAUAUGAAAAGAUAGUAUCUGAGACAGCACUGUAUGGUUUGGGUUAGGACAUUAAUGUGACCUCUGGUCUCUAUUUCAGCUCUAGACCACAGCCAAAUUCUGUACUGGGUCGUUCCAUGAAAUGAGUGCCUUCUGCAUCCCUUUGAUAUUUGAAGUAGAAAUUGUGCACCAAUAUUGAAAUGUAAAAACCUGUUAUAUUAAAUAAAGUGCCCAUGGAGAAUUCAAAUCAGAUUUUUUACAUGAACGAAGACAUGCUAAAGUGCCAAACUCAGCAUUUUGACAUGUCCCUACGUGCACCUUCUGUGACUUUAGGAAGAUUCAACCCAUUUAACCCCCAAAAUGUCUCACAGGUUUUCACCAUCAUGGUAAAGCCCUAGUUAUUUUGUUGCUUUGACAAAGUCAUUUCUGAAAAUGAUUAUUCAUUUAAUCUGAUUAGUGAUUUAUUUACGUCUGUCCCUCAUUUUAACGUCAACCAUGUUACGUGAACUGAAAUUAUGUUUUAAUAUAUUGAAACUAUUCCUUUUUAAGUAGUUUUUUCAAAAGAAACAUUGAACAUCUAAUUGUCAAAUCAUAGUCUAAAAGCAGGUGAGCUGGUUCUACUCUUCUUGGCCAUUUGCUGGUGUUUAGUGGCAAAAAAACAGAGCAGGUCGAGCAUAACGUCAACCCUGUUAUCCAUAGAUAGACAUAUAGAAGCUUGCAUUUAAUUGGCCCUCCCUGUUGUACACAACAAGCUUCCAUUCCCCCUCUCACAAGGGGAUUUAUGGCUGAUUUAAGAUGAAAUCGUCAACCCUGCUACGGUCAACCCUGCUAUGGUCAACCCGGUUACAGUCAACCCGGUUACGGUCAACCCGGUUACGGUCAACCCGGUUACUUUAUUUGGCACUUACUAUAGUCAUUUUUGUAUUUAACCUCUUGAGAUGGGAAAACAUGUUUUUUAUUCAGUUGAA